AAAGAUUGAUGGAUCUUUUCAUGCCUGACAACUCUAUUAUAUUCAUUUCCAACAAAAUAUCAUGAAACUGAAUCGGCGGAUUAUGCAAGCUUUGGUUGCCAUUAUGAUGUUUUCUACAUUAUAUUAUAUGAAUUUCAUUAUCGGGAAAUAUGAUCAAAUCCCGUAUAUCCAUGAAAUACUACAAAGAUUGAUGUACACUUAUCCUGAUAACAAACUUUCAAAUGGCAUGAAAAAUAUUACCUCGCCGUUUGGAAAAACGUAUGUAGCACACAAUUGUACAAGGAGAGAAUAUGUUUUUGAUAACACAGCUAAUAUAUCAAGCAACGACAAUACCAUACCGACUAUAUUUAUGUACGAAAAACACCCUUUAGAUUGGUUUACAGCAUUUAACAUAAAAGACAAGGGUUGUACAACAUGUUUGUUUACUAGUGAUUCUAAGUUUUACAAUAUGAGCAAAGUAGUUAUUUUCUUCAGAACACUUAUAAAACCUCCACCUGAAAAACUAGCUGGCCAAAUAUGGGUUUAUUUUACAAACGAAUCACCUACUUACAUGGUUUCUCCUACGAACAUUGCCUGGACAAAGUCGAUGUCAAAAUUUGAUUGGGUGAUGUCGUAUCGACCUGGAUCUGAUAUUAUCGUACCAUUCGGAGUUUUGACUAAAAAGGAAAAUCGGAAUAAACUGAAUUAUACUAAAAUAUUUAAGGAGAAAAAAAAAGAAAUAGCAUGGAUAGUAAGUCACUGUGAAACUAAUUCCAAAAGAAAGGAAUAUGUGAAAGAAUUACAAAAAUAUAUUCAGGUAGAUAUUUAUGGUGGAUGUGGAAACUUGAGUUGUCAGCAACAACAUCCAGUGAAAAUAUCAAGCGAUCUAAACAUAUGUAAGUCAUAUAUUAGCCAAAAUUACAAAUUCUAUUUGUCUUUUGAAAAUUCAUUGUGUAAUAAUUACGUUUCCGAAAAAGUAUAUGACAUAUUUGAAGAUGAUAAUAUGAUGUUACCAGUAAUUCGUGGAGCUCCAAAUAUUGCAUCAGUCCUUCCUGAUGGAACCUUUAUUACAACCAGUAAUUUUACGUCUCCAAAACAGCUUGCUGCAUUUCUAGCAAAGAUUGGUUCAUCCGAAAAAGAAUAUACAUCUUAUCUUAAGAAGAAACAUUCAUACAGUGUUACAAACUGGGCAUUUAAUUUCAAGACAGCAAUAUGUGAUUUGUGUACACGAAUCAAAAAUGAAAAACUUGUAAAUAAAAAAAUCAAUGUUUAUGAUCGUCUUAAAGAAGACAGGUGUUUCAAGCCUUCUGAUAUAAUACAUGAAUAAUAAUACUUUAAUGAUUAUUGUGCUAAUAGUUACUUACUUUGUAAUAGUUUUGUUCCUCCGCCAUAACGUUUUGCAUGAGAUACAGAAAAACCGGGCUGCCGUCCAUUUGUUUUCUAGUCUGUGGGUUCGUUCGACCGGUCAUGAACACUUUUGGAAUCUGUGUGAUAUCUACAUGCUGUUUGAUGAUACUUUAAAUUUUUCAAUAUGUUGAAUUAACUUUCAAAUGAUCCGUCACACAGUUUUCUAGUACUACUGAACAAAAUGGCUUCUUAUGUGUUCAACAGCUCGGCAGUGAAGAGUUUUCAGUAACUUUGAAUAAAGAGUAUGGGUAUGCUUUAAACGACAAAGCGUGCGUUUUUGUUGGAAUUAUUGCCUUCAGACUGAUAAAAUGUGUACAUCAUCGGGGACAUUGGAACGUUGUUCUUUUAUUGAUAUUAUAUGUGGAAAUGUAUAUUCAUUUAAAAUAAGUCAAUGUAAACUGGAUUUAUGUCAUAUAUAAAAAUAAGAAGAGUGGUAUGAUUGCCAAUGAAACAACUCUCCACAAGAGACCAAAUGACACAGACAUUAACAACUUUGGGUCACCGUACGGCCUUCAACAAUGAGUAAAACCCAUACCACAUAGCCAGCUAUAAAAGGUCCCGAAAUGACAAAUGUAAAACAAUUCAAACGAGAAAACUAACGGCCUUAUUUAUGUACAAAAUAAUGAACGAAAAUCAAAUAUGAAAUACAGCAACAAACGACAACCACUGAAUUACAGGCUCCUGACUAGGGACAGGCACAUAUAGAAUGUGGCGGGGUUAAACAAGUUUGAAGGCGCUAACCCUCCCCUAACCUGGGACAGUGGUGUAACAGUACAACAUAAGAACAAAUACCAAUAAGAAAAGGGCUUAACUCAUCAGAAGAAUACAAAGCAGAAAUACAUAUAACAAAAACACAGAGUGAACGUGGCAGGGUACUUAUUCAUCCCAACAACAAAAAGACACUAAGUACAGAUCUGAGAGUACUCGCAGUUACUGACAGCUAGUUCAAAGCCAAAAACAACUGAUAGAAAAAAAUCAUGCAUCUAAGACUAAAAUAUCAAUCAGUACACAUCCAACGUCCAAUGGAUUAAGUGUGGAGACGUCAUAAACAGUUAGAAAAAACAUGACCUUGUGCAAUGCCAAGAUACAGCUAUUGACAG